UUACUACAGCCUUAUGCCGCAGAAAUGCUGAUUCCUGCUUUGAAAGAAGUCGUCGAUUUGCCGAUUCAUUUGCACACACAUGACACCUCUUCAAUGCAGGCAGCAACCUUGUUGAAAGCGAUUGAGGCUGAUGUGGAUAUUGUUGAUGCCUGUCUUAGCUCAAUGUCUGGCUUGACCUCACAACCAAAUUUAAACUCGAUGAUUGCCAUUAUGCAAGGCCAGCCUCGCGAGCAGAAAUACAAUCUAGCGUCGUUAAAUCAGUAUGCUAACUACUGGGAAGACGCACGUGAAAUCUAUUACCCCUUUGAAUCGGGUUUAAAAGCAGGUACAGCCGAAGUCUAUGAGCAUGAAAUCCCCGGCGGGCAAUAUUCCAACCUACGACCUCAAGCCAUUGCGCUGGGUUUAGAACAUAAAUUUGAGGAGGUUAAGAAGAACUAUUCUGUCGUCAAUAAAAUGUUCGGUGAUAUCGUCAAAGUAACCCCUUCAUCAAAAGUCGUUGGCGACAUGGCUAUCUUUAUGACAUCGAAUGGCUUGAGCGAAGCCGAUGUGAUGGAGCAAGGUGCUACCUUGGCAUUCCCCGAUUCGGUGAUUGAUUUGUUCAAAGGUAAUUUGGGACAAACAAACGACGGCUUCCCCGAAGCAUUAAGCAAACUAAUUCUAAAAGGCGACAAGCCUUUCACCGACGCACCAAAUGCACAUUUAGCCCCAAUCGAUUUUGAUACUGAAUUUGCAGCUUUCCAACAAGCAUUCGACGAUGAAC